AUGGGCUGGCAGUUGCAGCGUUUGAGGGGACUGGGAGGGAGAGGGGAAGAUGAGCUAUACUCCGCCGUUCCACAGCGUGGCUCUUCUUCCUCCCGUGCCGCCUCUCCCCCCCGUGCAGAUCCUCACACCGGUCCACCAUCUACCUCUCCCUCCAACCCCGCCCCUUACAUCAUCGUCCCCGUCGCCCUCAUCAUCGUCGUCAUCUGUGUCAUGAUCUACUUCCGCAUCCGGCCGUUCCACAGGGUGCGUAACGAUUGCGUUGAUGACAAAUCACAUGAGCAGUGA